UUGUCUUCGCGUCACGCCAGGCUAAAUACAAAAAGCCUUUAAAUUAUUGGUCAAAAGCUUUACCUUGUUUUCAUUUUUCCGCGAAAGGGAAAAUCACAUAGAGUCUGCAUCAUUUCAGGGUAACAAUUUGCAAAGACUUGUGUAAAGUAAAACGUUGGCCUUAGCUGUGAUCUAUGACGACAAAAAGGGAAUUUACAGUGGCUAUUUAUGCCAACGAGUACAAGCAAAUAUGUGCCUGGGUUUUGAAGCAUCAAAGCCUGGAGACGGGAGGAGAUUUGUUCGGUCUGUGGUCCGACGAUCACAGCGCAGUGAUCCAGCUUGUCUUGGGUCCAGGCAGAAACUGUCGGCGAGCGGCUCACUCGUUCUACCAAGACGUAGCGUACUUGGAGAAGGUCGGCUCCAAUCUGACCAGCAAGGAAGGUGUUUGUCACAUUGGCGAGUGGCAUUCCCAUCACAGAAUCGGUCUUAAACGACCAAGUGGCGGAGAUGAACGAACAGUAUGGACAAACAUGCCUACAUAUGGCUUGAGCCGCUUUCUCUUGUUUAUUGCCAACAUUGAGACUCAAAGCUAUGAAUGCGAAGCUGUUAGCGUCGGAUGCUUUCUGUUCGAAUUUGUGAAGGGAACCAACCAGAAGUUGGAGGUGCUGCAAGGAAACUUCCACCUGCUGCCAAAUGAAAGCCCCUUUCGUUCAAAAUGUCUGAGCGUUUUAGAGAAAGAAGCAGAGUGUCUAAACCAGAAUGAAGAACUGAAGUCUCUGAAAGAAAUACACACUGGAAGGAACAUGAAGAACAAGCGUCCCGUGAUGGGCAGUGAGAAGCCAAGAAAGUCCCGCAAGCAAAAAGGAGGAGAUGUCAGAGUGGAAGUUAAAACGAACAAGCGGUUGAAACGCGGAGAGGAACCAGAGACUAAGAACGAAAAUGAAGAGGGUAUGCUGUUUCGAAUUGUAAACGAAAUAAGGAGGCGCUGCCCUUUUUGUGCAUUGUUGUAAAGGACCUAAUAGGACUAAUCAAUCUUAAAGCACUCCAGAGUUUGCACGAAGUGCGACUUUUUACCUACCGACCGACUGACCUAACAAUAGAAUGACAGAAAAAAUGUUCUGCAACCGACUUUCUGAUUGAGCGACCGAACGACAGCUGUUCCGUCAUACCAACCGAUCGACGGUAACGAGAGAACGAGCAAUCCACUGUUUUACAAUGUUUUGUCUUUGAUAUUAGUCCUUGCCUUUGCUGUUCGCAUUGCUUGGUACAAAGAUGUAAUGAAAUGGGGUAUGUAAUUUU